CGCGUAGGUGCGUGGUGUAUGGUGUUGUACUUGUAACACAACCUUUUUACGAAAUGGCAACUGCUUGUUCAGAAGUUCUUCGCGUGAAUCGAGACCUUCUUGACAGCCAGUUUGAUGGCUACAAAUUAUCUCUCGACCCACUACCAAUUUAUUCUAUUUCAGUCAAGUCUGGGGUUGAUGAAGUGAAGCUUAGAAAUGAAGAGUACACACUUCAACACAUGCAAGCCUUUGGUUUAACUAACUACCUGUCUGGUGACCUGUGGAAUCCUAACUGUGUCUACUUCAUCGAUACAGACUGGAGGCUCAUGCAGCACAGGAUUGUUCUGGAAUCGCAACCGAGUGAACCAGUGGCUGUCUUCACCAUUCCAGAGAGAGUGACGCGAAGGGCAGCAUCCAGACACAGCGUAUCACUGGGCUUUCCAUCAUCCAAUAUCUGUGUGUUAUCUGAUGGCGUCGGACUCCUCUACAUACUAGAGACUGGUUGCAGAGACCAAUUUGAACCGUCUCAAUGGAAGGUGAUAUUCAAGAGAGAAGUGUGUAACGGUGCUCCAGCUAUCCUACAGGAUACUAUGUGUAGAGUGAAGGAGUCUGAGAUCCAGGUGGACUGUGUGUUGCUCCAUGUGGAGAAGUCUGCUCCUGUGCAGGAGGAGAAUGGGGACAGCCAUGCAGCGAAGAGUGAUUAUGAAACAUACCUGGAGUGGAUCACCUUGAAAAAGACAACUCUAGACCAAUCCGAAUUUGAGGUUGAAAAUAGCAGACAGCUGAAAGGAAAGACGGCGCCGGUCUACUGUGGAUUGGAAGAAGGAGCCGAGGGUUUGUUUCUUGCAAGUGAAACAGAUUUUGCAAUCAUCUCAGACUCUCUGCAUCCUGUCAAAGAAGAAGUUAAUGAUGAGAUUGAGAAGGAACAAGAGGAUACUCCAUUGCCCCAAUUCACAUGGACACAGACCGGGGAAGACGUCAUCCUCACGUUCAUCGUCCCAGAAACCGUCUCCAAGCCUGAUAUUCACAUGGUCAUGGAGGCAGAUCGGAUAGAUAUCAGUAUCAAAAAUGGCAAAGAGCUCCUGUCUGGUGCCCUCUAUAGGUUGAUUGAUAUCUCCUGCUGUACGUGGACCCUUGAUAAACGCAAAUUGGAUGUGAUGCUAUCCAAGGAAGAUGAAGGGUUUAUGUGGACUGAGGUCGUGGUCGGGGACACAAGAGGAGAGUACGUGGUAGAUCCUGACCAAGCAAGACAGAUCCAUGAAAGACUGGCUCACCUUACAUCCGAUGCAAUGGAUCCUGACCCAAGUGGCAACAUAGGAGGCAAACCAGGAAUAAGUCCUCAAGACCUAGAGGAAUGUGAUAUGAAUGUAGAGAAUGAAGUAUGCAUCUAUAGAAUAGAUGGCAAGAAACACACAAUAUCACAUAAGGUUUGUAUAUCAAGUCACCAACGUCUAUUUCAAGCAAGGCUGCAACCUAAUCACCCACCCUGUAUCUGUCUCCGCCAUGAUGUCGAUGGCAUCGUCUGGCAACCCAGAUCCACAACAGCUGAAUCUCCAUCACCAUGGUAUCACGAGGCUACCUUCAAUGCCUUGGGGUAUGUUCAAGCUUCAAAGAGGAAUUGCAAGUUCGCCAGCUGCGCUCCAGACAUGUCGUACUGCGUCCUGUGCGACUGCUCAAAGCAUGCGUACAUCUACAGGCAGCCGGCGGACAUUCCCAGUCCACUGAGGAACCGUAAGAGUGGGCGCGUGGUUGGACAGAUAGCCAAGCAACAGGUCGUCAGUCUGGACGCGAGUGAUGACAUUCUUGGACUGCAAGCAACCAAUGAGAGACUGUUUAUCUUGACCAGUAAGAAGCUGUACGUCAUUAGGGUCAGAGUUGAAUGAUAAUCAUAUCAUGGACUCCCACAAGAGGAUUUUUUUCCGAGUAUACUAGCUGGUAUGUACCAACUUGAAGAGAGUUACAGUUUGUGUGUUUCAUAAUACAUACAGGCAUGCAAGUUACGUCUUUAUUGUGACGUCAAUUGUUCACAUUAUUCCCGAGAGAUUGGUCAACCGCGGUGUAUUCAACUCCAUGCAUCAAUCAGUAUGUUUCCCUUUCAGAGUGAAUAAUGUAUACACACAAAUUUCAAACAGUACUUCUAUGGAAUGCUGGGCUUCAUAAGAUUUUGUCCAUAUUUGUGGCAAUUACAAGAUAUCAAUAAAUUCUUUAGAAUUCAUUUAUUUUUAGUGUAUUUUCUCAUUCUUUCCAUUUCAUGUCUCAAUUAAUUUUUUACAACUUUUUUGCAGCAGGAUAGGAAUGAUUUUUAAUUGUUGAAUGAGUUGACAACUGGCACUCCAUAAAAAUGUGGUCUAAGUUAACCCAGGGGCCUGUCUUACAAAGACUUGUGAUUGAUCUGAUCAAUGGCAACCAUGGACGGCCAGC